UUUCUUUUGAAGUUGGAAACGAACCCUCAAACACCCAAAAGUCGUUUGUUCGCGACCUUCGUGGCCAAAGGCGCCAAGGGACGUAUUGAAAGCCCAAAAUUGAGUGUUUGCAGCAGCGGCAUUUUCUUAUUUAGGGUUUAUCACUUGACUUCUGCCUCCAAAUUCUCAUCUAGAUUACUGUAUAGUGAACAUUGUCCACUUCACCAAUGGAAUCCAACGGAGGAGUUGAUGAAUCGACCCGCUUGCUCAAGGAACUCCAGUCGUUGAAGGAUUCCAAGCGAGAUAUCGAGGCUCGCAUAUCGGCUCUUGAAGGUCAGCUUCGACAAAUUCAAUCAAAUCAGCAGCUCAAUAAAAAGGCCUCGUCCGAUUGUUCCAAUGGCGGGUCGGAAUUUGGACAUGAUUUGACCCCAGAUAUGAUUUACAGAUACAGCCGUCAACUUUUACUUCCUUCUUUUGGCGUUCAAGGGCAGUCAAAUCUCUUAAAGUCAUCCAUUUUAGUUAUUGGAGCUGGGGGUUUGGGAUCACCUGCUCUGUUAUAUCUAGCAGCCUGUGGUGUAGGUCGGUUAGGGAUGGUGGAUCAUGAUGUUGUUGAGCUAAACAAUCUACACAGACAGAUCAUCCAUGGUGAAGCAUACAUAGGUCGAUCUAAAGUGGAAUCUGCUGCUGCAGCUUGUCGUUCGAUCAAUUCCACCAUUGAAAUAAUUGAACACAGAGAAGCUUUACGCACAUCAAAUGCUUUGGAGAUUGUGAGCAAAUACGACAUUGUAAUAGAUGCAACAGAUAAUGCUCCGAGCCGAUAUCUGAUCAGUGAUUGCUGUGUUUUGCUGGGAAAGCCUCUUGUAUCAGGUGCUGCAUUGGGUUUGGAAGGGCAGCUUGCGGUUUAUAAUUACAAUGGAGGCCCGUGUUACCGAUGCCUGUUUCCAACUCCACCACCCACAACAGCAUGUCAGAGAUGCUCUGACAGUGGAGUUCUUGGUGUAGUUCCUGGAGUUAUUGGUUGUCUUCAAGCUCUAGAAGCCAUUAAAGUAGCAAGCUUGGUUGGCGAGCCACUUUCUGGAAGGAUGCUUCUUUUUGAUGCUUUGUCAGCCCGAAUUCGUAUUGUGAAGAUUAGAGGAAGGUCAUUACAAUGUGAAGCUUGUGGAGAAAAUGCAACAAUGACACAAGAAAAUUUUCAACAUUUUGAUUAUGAGAAAUUCACUCAGUCACCUUUAUCUCCGGCUCCUUUGAAGUUGAAAUUGUUGAAGGAAGAUUGUAGAAUAAGCAGCAAGGAAUAUGAGGAGGUGGUUAAGAAGGGGGAUGCACAUGUCCUGAUUGAUGUUCGGCCAUCUCAGCAUUACAAGAUUGUCUCUCUUCCAAAUUCCAUGAAUGUGCCUCUUGCAAGUUUGGAAGAUAAGUUGCCAGAAAUAGAAUCUGCAUUGAAGUCUAUUGAUAAUGGUAAUGCUGGUGUUUAUGUUGUGUGUAGAAGAGGUAAUGAUUCUCAGAGGGCAGUUGAGUUGCUUCACAACAAGGGUUUUGUGUCUGCAAAGGAUAUUGUUGGUGGAUUGGAGUCAUGGGCACGUGAUGUUGAUCACAGAUUUCCGACUUACUAGUAGUAUGUUGUAAUGUUGUGUCACUAAAUCAUCUUGUUUUCUUUUGAAUGGUGUUUUUGGUAGGAUAAAUAUAUAAACAAUUAAGAGUUAUAAGUA